AUGAGUUUUAUUAAAACUAAAGUUACAAAGGCUCUAAUAAAACACUUUAUAGGCAGUAAUGAUUCACAACCUUCGACAGAACAUACGGAACAACCUACAAAUUCAGAUAAACCUAGAAAAAAUAAAAAAAAUAAAUGGAAGAUACCACCAGGCUUAACAGAGAAAGAAGCAAAAAUUCUUAAAAAAGUAAAAAAAAGAGCUGAAAUAUUGGAUGUUGGAUUUUGUGUUUGUUGCUGUUGUAAAUUGGGGCUUGUACCCGUGGCUGGUGAUUUCUUUGAUUUCCUAUACCAAGCCAAUAUGCGAAAUGCUGUUAUUUUAGAAAAUUACCUUGUUGACAGAGCUAAAAAUAGAUCUGUGGUAAUGGAGGAUGGAACUUUAGAGGUCAUUCGACCAGAAAAUGCUGUACCCGGACGCGAUCGUAGUGGCAGAUUUUGA